GCGCUUCCUAUGCACCAAGACGGCACUAUUCUGCAUGCAUUUUUGUGCGAGUAACUCUUCUCAACCAGACCACAGAAACGCCUAUCGGCCAAAUGGAUUUCACAAGUCCAUUCCCGCACUCCUGCCCGGGCGCCAUCGCCUUUUCGCCGGGCUCCACGUUUUUUGCGCUUGUGGUGCACAGCUCGGCCCGUUCAGAGUAUCGCGAUCCUAAUGCUGCAUCGGCUCUUUUGCAUGGUACUAAGCGCAGACGACGAAACGCUAGCUCCGAUGAAUGGAGUACAGUGAUCAUUCGCGCCUCGUCCACACUCCAAGUGGUUCGGAGCUGGGAUCUCGAUGGUUACAUCACCUCCUUGGAAUGGUCCGAAGAAGGGAGGUACCUUUUGGCCGUGUCGCCGACAUACGCGGUCUCCCCUUCGCCUUCCACUUCUUUGGUGCCACAGCAGUCGUACUUUGGUGUCGCGAGUGCGGAAAAUGGAUCAGUAUAUGUGUUGAGUCUCGACCCUAGCUUGGAGGCGAAUGAUGAGUCGGAUGAAGGGCAAGGAUGGGUCGCCCGGGUCGACGCUGGGUUUGAAGGUAUCUCAGGAGCGCAAUGGAUGAGAGGAAGGUCCGAUAACAUCAUACUUUUUGCUACCGACCUUCGCGCCAGCGUCUACUCCCUUAGCGACCUCAAAGUGACAAUAAUCAAAUAUGUCAAGCUGGGAAUGUCAAUCACGAGCUCAAAAUACCCCGGGUACUUUGGGCUCAUCCGUCGCGAGGCGUGUAAAGAAAGCAUCUCGCUUUAUUGCUCUGACGAGAGGAGAGGAUAUCGCGCGAUUCUCGAAGGAACCGCUGGCAAAUACUGGCAGGCUGAACAGUCCUUCAAUCUUGCCACGAACGAUGCCAGAGGCGCCGCUUGGUCUCCGGAUGGUAGACACAUCGCUGUGUGGGAGGGUCACAUGGAGUACAAGCUCCUCGUCUAUACCCGUUGUGGAUCCCACCGCUUUACAUUCUGGAUACCUCCCAAUUUAGUUGAGCCGAUCUCAUCCGCUUUGCCUACCGGAACAUCUGGACUACCUUUGCUUGCAGUUCAAAGUACAGCAAGCGCACGUUCCUCCACCAUGGCUUCAAGUCUUCGAAAGUCCUAUUCAUCGAAUUCCGUGAAAACCGAAGAGGAUGAAUCAAAGAGCAAAGAAAAGAGAAGGGCGCCUUCUCAAGCAAUCCCGAAGAAGCGCAAGUCGGACGACGAGGAAACCAAGGUCUCUGGUGGUGGGCUGGGAAUCAGGCAGGUAGCAUGGUCCCCCCACUCGACCCUGCUGGCUGUCGGGGGUUUUGACGAGCACAUACGGCUGCUGGACGCCGCUUCCGGAACAGAGAUCUAUUCUCUCGAUCUGUCGCGGACUACCAUUACCGGAGAGCUAUCCCACAGCCGUGCAAAGCCGACGCAACAGCAACCCCACCAAGGUCGCAGAGUCUCUGACUUUGUGUUCGGUCGUCUGCACGUCUGGCGAGAGCCUCAUCUAUCAUGGCUGGAGGAGACGGGCAAGCGAUGCAUUGUAGCAAUGGAGAACUCUAGCAGCAGCUUGCCGGUUACAAUCCCAAGUAUGCGGGUUGACACGGCUGUUUCGCAGCCCAAGUGUGGAGUUUGCUGGAUGGCUUGGAGCAAAGCGGGUACACUCUUGGCAUCAAGAAAUGACAACAUGCCCACCGCGGUAUUCAUUCACGCUUUCCCUCCCAUCCCAAACGACCAGCCCGACCAAACUCCACGCCCGUACCUUGUUGCGAUCCUGCUCUUCGGCAGUGCAGUCCGCUCGGCAGUCUGGCAAAACGAAGCCCCAUCAUCCCUAACCAUCGCAUGCGGAGGCGAGGCGCUCUACACCUGGUCCUUAGACGUUUCAGCUGACGGCAAAAGUAUUCAACAAACCGCAGAGGCAAUUCCCAUCCCCAACGAUCACGUCAAUGCGCAAAAUCUGCAUUGGUCACCAGAUGGCCGAUCGCUUUUGAUUGCCGAUCACCAAUCAUUCUGCUGCGCCAUAGCUGCCUAGUGACCAGAUCCGACUCAACUUAUA